UGGAAAGGCGAUAGCGCCAUUCUUUGGUCAAUAAGCUUGGACUUGUAUGUAUAAAAGCUAGCACGCUGCAAACUACGAGUAAUAAAUUAAAACAUAGAUCUGUGCUGAUCGAUCGGCAGAAAGGUUUGGAAGCUGAAUUAAAGGUGCAGCGCAGCCGGCUGAGAUCAGCAGAUAUGAUGGGGCGUUUCUUUUCCGGGCAAGCGGUCACGGCGGCCGGCGGCAGCUUGCUGCUUCUUUUGUUUGCCGCCGCCUUUGCUGUUAGGACGGAGGGUCUGGAUCAGACCGACCUUGAGUCCAUUGAAUACAAUGUAAUGAUGGAGCUGAAGAGUAGUCUUACGUUCCCGGCCGGAGUAGAGUCCCAAUGGAAUAAUUGGACUGAUCCCGAUCCGUGCAACUGGUCCGGUGUGUUGUGUUCGGAUAGACCGGACCUGAAUAAUUACUCUUCUGUCUUCGUUAUCAAUAUUGGGGGUUUGGGUAUCAGUGGGACUCUGCCGGGAAGCCUGGGAAACCUCACCGGGUUGUUCAGGUUCUAUGCCGCCGGCAACCGCCUCACCGGCCCACUUCCGGACUUUUCCGGGUGCUCAAAUCUCGGCGUGCUCAAUGUUGCCCGCAAUCUGUUCACUUCAAUCCCGCCAACUCUGUUCCACGACAAGACUGAACUCCGAUGGCUUCGUCUAGAUCACAACAUUUUGCUUCAGCCCUGGAAAAUUCCUGAAGAUCUGAGCUCCUCUUCACGACUUGUCAUUUUCACCGCCGCCGAUUGCAACAUUUAUGGGGACUUCCCCAGCUUCAUUAACGACCAAACUUUCCCCAACUUAAAGAACCUCCAAUUGGGGAACAACCAUUUGUCAGGGAACCUCCCUCCCACCUUGCCCCAAUAUUUGGAGACUCUGUUGUUGAGUAACCAAACCGGGACGGCCGACUCAGGUUUGUACGGCAGCAUCUCCGCCAUACAGAACCUGACCAGGCUUACCAAACUCUACCUGCAGAGGAACAAUUUUUCCGGCGAAAUACCCGAUGUGUCCCGCCUCCAGUCAUUGACAGAAUUCAUCCUCAGUCAAAACAGUCUUACUGGUCCAAUGCCAAAGUCAUUGGCAGGAAUCUCUUCACUAAAAGUAGUGAGUCUGUUCAACAAUAACCUGAAUGGCACCGUCCCUCAUUUUAAUGACACUGUCAUAGUGAUUACAUGUGGGAAUCCAGGUUUAGCUGACCAAAGAGGGCUUCCAUGCUAGCUACUACAUGUGGGAAUCCAGGUUCACCGCAAGCCUGCAGCGGAUGUCACUAUGGCGGGUCUUGUAACUAUAAGAUAAAGUCACUAUAAGGGGAUGAUUACUUUUUUUUCCCAUUAAGUCCUGUCUGGAUUAAGUGACAUUGUGAUAUCAAGUUGUUUACUAUGUGUGCUGAAUGUGUAGUCUGAAUUAUAUUAAAUGACCAAUUUACCAUGUACUGCAUUAUGUUUAGUUUUGCUAUUCUCAAUGAUGUUCUGGUUGCGUAUGUAUAAGUAAUCUGAUGUGUGUGAACAAAGUAUGAAUUUUAACUUCUUUGUGUUUGCAAUUCCCAAAGGCAAUGAACUCUCUGUUUGCAAUU